AUGGACCAGACCACCAAACGUCCGCGUGACGGCGGUCUCAACGAUCCUCGGUUGGGGUCCAUCGACAGGAACUUCAAGUGUCAAACGUGUGGCGAAGACAUGGCCGAGUGUCCGGGCCACUUUGGCCACAUCGAGUUGGCCAAGCCCGUGUUCCACAUCGGGUUCAUCUCGAAAAUCAAGAAGGUCUGUGAGUGUGUAUGUAUGCACUGUGGUAAGGUGCUUGUAGACGAUAAAAACCCGCUCAUGAUGCAGGCGCUCCGCAUCCGCGACCCGAAGAAGCGGUUCAACGCGGUCUGGAACGUAUGUAAAUCUAAAAUGGUCUGUGAGGCCGACACCAUCGACGAAGAGGGCCAGCUAACCUCCGGAAGAGGCGGCUGUGGCCACACACAGCCCACCGUGCGUCGAGACGGCUUGAAGUUGUGGGGAACAUGGAAACAGAACAAGACGUUCGAGGAUAACGAACAGCCCGAGCGCCGUUUGUUGACCCCCUCGGAAAUCUUGUCUGUUUUCCGUCACAUCAGCCCCGAGGACUGCCACCGUCUCGGCUUCAACGAGGACUACGCGCGACCCGAGUGGAUGUUGAUCACCGUGUUGCCGGUGCCUCCUCCUCCUGUGAGACCCUCUAUCGCUUUCAACGACACAGCGCGUGGUGAGGACGAUUUGACCUUCAAGUUGGCCGAUAUUCUCAAGGCCAACAUUAAUGUACAGCGUUUGGAAAUGGACGGUUCGCCGCAGCACGUUAUCAGCGAGUUCGAAGCGCUCUUGCAGUUCCACGUCGCCACGUAUAUGGAUAAUGACAUUGCAGGCCAACCACAAGCGUUACAGAAGACAGGCCGUCCGAUCAAAUCGAUCCGUGCCCGUUUGAAGGGUAAGGAGGGACGUUUGAGAGGUAACUUGAUGGGUAAAAGAGUCGACUUCUCUGCCCGUACCGUCAUUUCAGGUGACCCCAACCUUGAUUUGGACCAGGUCGGUGUCCCAAUCUCCAUCGCUAGAACGCUUUCAUACCCGGAGGUCGUGACCCCUUACAACAUCCACCGGUUGACCGAAUACGUGCGUAACGGCCCUAAUGAGCAUCCCGGUGCCAAGUAUGUGAUCAGAGACACCGGUGACCGUAUCGAUUUACGUUACAACAAACGUGCUGGAGACAUCGCUUUGCAGUACGGAUGGAAGGUGGAAAGACACUUGAUGGACAACGAUCCUGUCUUGUUCAAUCGUCAACCUUCUUUGCAUAAAAUGUCGAUGAUGUCGCAUCGUGUCAAAGUCAUGCCAUACUCUACGUUCCGUAUGAACUUGUCUGUCACUUCGCCUUACAAUGCCGAUUUCGAUGGAGAUGAAAUGAACUUGCAUGUUCCUCAGUCGCCAGAGACCAGAGCUGAGAUGUCGCAGAUUUGCGCCGUGCCUCUCCAGAUUGUUUCUCCUCAAAGUAACAAGCCAGUCAUGGGUAUCGUGCAGGACACGUUGUGUGGUAUUCGUAAGAUGACCCUUCGUGACAAUUUUAUUGAGUACCAACAGGUGAUGAACAUGUUAUACUGGAUUCCGAACUGGGACGGUGUGAUUCCGCCGCCAGCAGUGCUCAAGCCAAAGCCGUUGUGGACAGGAAAGCAGUUGCUUUCGAUGGCCAUUCCAAAGGGUAUUCACUUGCAGAGAUUCGACGAUGGAAGAGACAUGCUCAGUCCAAAGGACAAGGGUAUGCUUAUUGUGGAUGGUGAGAUCAUCUUCGGUGUGGUUGACAAGAAGACAGUUGGUGCAACAGGAGGUGGUUUAAUUCACACUGUUUUCCGCGAAAAGGGUCCACAACCAUGUGCCCAGAUGUUUAGUUCGAUCCAAAAGGUGGUCAACUACUGGCUCUUGCAUAACGGUUUCUCCAUCGGUAUUGGUGAUACAAUUGCCGAUAAAGAAACCAUGAGAAACGUCACCCUGACGAUUUCCGAGGCCAAGCAAAAGGUCCAGGAGAUCAUCUUGGACGCACAGAAUAACCGUUUGGAGCCAGAGCCUGGUAUGACGUUGCGUGAGUCCUUCGAGCAUAAUGUUUCCCGUGUUUUGAAUCAAGCUCGUGACACUGCAGGUCGUUCUGCAGAGAUCAACUUGAAGGAUUUGAACAAUGUCAAACAGAUGGUUACUUCCGGUUCCAAGGGUUCGUUCAUUAACAUUUCGCAGAUGUCGGCCUGUGUUGGUCAGCAAAUUGUCGAGGGUAAGCGUAUUCCUUUCGGAUUUGCCGACCGUACCUUGCCGCAUUUCACCAAGGACGACUACUCUCCUGAGUCCAAGGGUUUCGUGGAAAACUCGUACUUGAGAGGUUUGACGCCGCAGGAAUUCUUCUUCCACGCCAUGGCUGGUCGUGAGGGUCUUAUUGAUACCGCCGUCAAGACUGCAGAAACCGGAUACAUUCAAAGACGUUUGGUUAAGGCAUUGGAAGAUAUCAUGGUUCAUUACGAUGGUACCACGCGUAACUCUUUGGGCGAUAUCAUUCAAUUCGUCUAUGGUGAAGACGGUAUCGAUGGUACUGCUGUUGAGAAGCAGUCUGUGGACACUAUCCCUGGUUCCGAUGCCAGUUUCGAGAACAGAUUCAGAAUCGACGUUUUGAGUCCCGAACACUCGCUUCCGGAAUCGCUCUUGGAGUCCGGUAAGGAGAUCAAGGGUGAUGUCGCGUUGCAGACUGUUUUGGAUGAGGAAUACUCUCAACUCUUGAACGAUCGUGCAUACUUGCGUGACGUCUGUUUCCCCAACGGUGACUACAACUGGCCACUUCCUGUGAACUUGCGUCGUAUUAUCCAGAACGCUCAACAAAUCUUCCACAGCGGACGUCAAAAGGCGCUGGACUUGCGUCUAGACGAGAUUGUUCAUGCAGUCAAGGAAUUGUGCGGCAAACUCUAUGUUCUUCGUGGCAAGUCAAAGCUCAUCAAGGAGGCUCAAGAAAAUGCCACUUUGUUGUUCCAGUGUUUGUUGCGUUCCCGUUUGGCCGCGCGCCGUGUCAUUGAGGAGUUCAAGCUCUCGCGCAUCUCGUUCGAGUGGGUUUGCGGAGAAAUCGAAACCCAAUUCCAGAAGUCGUUGGUUCACCCUGGUGAGAUGGUCGGUGUUAUUGCUGCCCAGUCCAUUGGUGAGCCUGCCACCCAGAUGACGUUGAACACUUUCCAUUAUGCCGGUGUGUCUUCCAAGAACGUCACCUUGGGUGUUCCUCGUCUUAAGGAGAUUUUGAACGUCGCCAAGAAUAUCAAAACUCCAGCCCUUACUGUCUAUUUGGAGCCUGAAAUCGCUGCGGAUAUCGAGAGAGCCAAGGUUGUUCAGUCUGCUAUUGAGCACACGACUUUGAAGAACGUGACCCUGGCUACCGAGAUUUUCUACGACCCAGAUCCAAGAAGCACGGUCAUUGAGGAGGAUUACGAUACCGUUGAGGCUUACUUCGCUAUUCCGGACGAGAAGGUCGAGGAGACCAUCGAUAACCAGUCUCCAUGGCUUCUCCGUUUGGAGUUGGACAGAGCCAAGAUGUUGGACAAGCAGUUGACCAUGGCCCAGGUGGCCGAGAAGAUCUCCCAGAACUUCGGUGAAGACUUGUUUGUCAUCUGGUCCGACGAUACCGCUGACAAGUUGAUUAUUAGAUGUCGUGUCAUCCGUGACCCCAAAUUGGAGGAAGAGGGAGACCACGAAGAGGACCAGAUCUUGAAGAGAGUCGAGGCUCACAUGUUGGAGACCAUCUCCUUGCGUGGUAUUCCUGGUAUCACCCGUGUCUUCAUGAUGCAACACAAGGUCAACACCCCAGAUGCUUCGGGUGAGUACACUCAGAAGCAGGAGUGGGUGUUGGAAACCGACGGUGUCAACUUAUCCGAGGUCAUUGCAGUUCCCGGCGUCGACGCGCUGCGCACAUACUCCAAUAACUUUAUCGAGAUUCUCUCGGUAUUGGGUAUUGAGGCUACACGUACUGCCCUCUUCAAAGAAAUUUUGAAUGUUAUUGCUUUCGACGGUUCGUACGUCAACUACCGUCAUAUGGCUCUUUUGGUUGAUGUGAUGACUGCCCGUGGUCACUUGAUGGCCAUCACGCGUCACGGUAUCAACAGAGCAGAGACCGGUGCCUUGAUGCGUUGUUCUUUCGAAGAGACUGUCGAGAUCUUGUUGGAGGCUGCCGCAUCUGCCGAGUUGGACGAUUGUCGUGGUAUUUCUGAGAACGUCAUCUUGGGUCAAAUGCCUCCUUUGGGUACCGGUGCUUUCGAUGUCAUGGUUGAUGAGAAGAUGUUACAACAGGCAGGUCCAAGUGACGCUGGUCGUGCUCAAGUGGGUGCUUACGCGGAUGACGGAGGCGCCACCCCAUACAGAGAAUACGAGAUGGAAGAUGACAAGAUCAAAUUCGAGGAGGGCGCUGGCUUUUCGCCUAUCCACACUGCGAACGCAUUUGACAAUACUGGUUCAUUGACCUCCUAUGGUGGACAAGCAUCUGCUUCUCCAACAUCACCAUUCUCCUAUGGUGCUUCUGCUGGAGGAUUUGGUGCAGCUGCUUCGCCGGGCUACGGUGCUACGUCGCCAACGUAUUCGCCAACCUCGCCAAGUUACUCUCCAACUUCGCCAUCGUACUCGCCUACAUCGCCAAGCUACUCGCCAACUUCUCCAAGUUACUCGCCAACCUCCCCAAGUUACUCGCCAACCUCGCCAAGUUACUCGCCUACGUCGCCAUCGUACUCUCCAACUUCGCCUAGUUAUUCACCAACUUCGCCAAGCUACUCGCCUACGUCGCCAUCGUACUCUCCAACUUCGCCAAGUUACUCUCCAACUUCUCCAAGUUACUCUCCAACUUCCCCAAGUUACUCGCCUACGUCGCCAAGUUACUCGCCAACUUCGCCAUCGUACUCUCCAACUUCGCCUAGCUACUCGCCUACGUCUCCAUCGUACUCGCCAACUUCGCCAAGUUACUCGCCAACUUCACCACAAUACUCACCAACCUCCCCACAUUAUUCUCCUACGUCUCCUCUGUACUCGCCAACAUCUCCACAGUACAGUCCAACGUCUCCGCAGUAUUCUCCUACGUCGCCUUCGUACUCGCCAGGUUCCCCAGCGUACUCGCCAAGCAAGCCUAAGAAGGAGGAUGAAAGCAGUGAUUAG